UUUCCAGUUCAGUCUUUUGUGCUGGGUUUCUUUUGUGUGUUUGGGGCUUUUUUUUAUUAAGUGACCCUAAUUUCACCAGAUACUAUAUGAUAUCUGAGAUUUGACCUCCGUUUUGUUUAUUUGGAUAAGAUGUGGCCGAGAGCUGCUGAUAUGAAACUCCUAUACUUUAUGCUUCUGUUGAUCUUUGGUGCCAUUUCUAGCGAUGACUACAAAACAUCGGGUGAAAAGGCUAAAUUCGAGUCAACACACAUAAAUGGUUUGGCUGAAACGGAUGUGCAGAAAAUUGUGUGUUCAACAAUUACCCAAAAAAAUCCAUCUGAAUUAAUCUGGAACAUCAAUGCGAAGUUUAAGGAGUUUCACGGGUCAACCAUAACCUGUGAUUACGGGAACUUUAAUAUGACUGUCGUUAAGAUGAAUAAGAUGAGCACCAUGGAUCAGGGGCAUGUAAAGAUCUCUGCUCCAAAGGUGUCUGAUUAUGAUCCUCCCAUAGAGGUAUUCGUCCCCAGUGAACCAUUUCUGAAUUUCUCAAUGGAUCAGCGCAAAGUUGGUGUAGCGACAUAUCGCUCUGCCCAACAGUUUACAAACAACUCAAACACUGUGCUGAAGUCCAAAGUCAUUUGUGUUGAAACUCUUGGACUGGAGCUUAAAAACUUGUCCAAUCUACUGGUUAUCAUGUUUACAGUGAACAGUAGUGAAAUAAUACACGGAACUCAUACCCUGUCAUGCCAGUUCUAUAAUAUAGCAGAGCAAAAGUGGGAUGACAUGGGGUCUUUCACCAACCUGAGUAACUUUAACAGCAGCAACACUGUAACCUGUUCAUACAGUCAUAUGACCCCCUUCGCUGUACUUCUGGUUGACAUGAAAGUUUUGCAAAUUGAUCGUGUGCAGUGGAAAAUCCUGUCCUAUGUUAGUUAUAUAGGUUGUACUUUUUCGUUGUUUUUCUCAGCAGUCACCAUCCUCCUCUACAUUUGCACAAAGAGCUCAAACAAAGACAGUUCCAUGGGUAUCCAUGUGUCUUUGAGUGUAGCCCUUUUCCUCCUGAACACCAGCUUCUUGUUCACUGAAUGGGGAGCCACGUGGUCUCAAAAAAGUGCAUGUGUCUUAAUAGCUGUAAUAAUACAGUACAGCCUCCUGUCCUGUUUCUCUUGGAUGGCCAUUGAAGCCAUACACUUGUACUUGCUUCUAAUCAAAGUGUUCAACACUAACUUCAAGCACUACAUGGUCAAGCUGUCGCUGUUUGGAUGGGGCAUGCCCGCUGUCCUUGUUGGUGGAAGUCUGUGUGUGUAUAGUAGUAAACCUUUUUAUGGCACCACAGAAACAAAAUUAUCAGGCACAAAUGAAACAAUGCAAUUCUGCUGGAUUACUGAACCUCACUUUCUGUAUGGCAUGAACAUCACCUACUUCUGCCUAAUGUACCUGUUCAACACAUGCGUUCUGCUGGCAGCAACGCAGCAGAUCUUUAAGAGGCGUUGCUUGGACGUCCAAGACAGUAAGCGUCCAUCUUAUAAGGACAUUUGCACUGUCCUGGGCCUGACUGUCCUGCUGGGAAUGACAUGGGGUUUGGCAUUCUUCACCUCAGGAUACACAAACUACCCCAUUUUAUACCUCUUCUGUAUCUGCAACAGCCUGCAAGGGUUGUUUCUCUUCCUGUGGUUCUACGGUACAAUGAAGAAGAACAGGCGUCCGGAGGCACAAACCUCAACUCUGUCUUAACCCUGCGGUUCUACAAUGAAUACCUAUGAAUGCAGGUUUACCCACUGAUCAGAUAUUACAUGUCAUUUAUUGUUGUUGUUGUUAUACAUCAUAUACUGAUAGAUAUAACGACAAGCACCGCAACAAGCUACACAAGUGAUCACAUGAUUUAAAACCUACUUCAUCACCUUACUCUGUAACCCAUCACGAGUUUCAUAACCAGUCGCAGUUCACUUUUUUCCAUUGUGAGCCACAGAGUUCCUUAUUAUCGACAUAGCAAAACUAAAUGAUGUCCAUUGCUUUAGAGAAAAUAUAGUGUGUGUGUGUGUGUGUGUGUGUGUGUGUGUGUGUGUGUGUGUGUGUGUGUGUGUGUGUGGGUAUAUGUAUAAUGGCCCAGUACAUUUUAAACUGAAUAAUUAUUAAAUCUCCAUCACCUCUACUUUUGACUACACAGAUCUGAUCUUUUUGGUUUACAUAUAUGUACGCUAAUCCUCAAACUAGCGGAAACGUCUGUUUGUAAACACGUUGUAUAUUAAUUAUUUUAUUUGUUGAUUAAUACAAUAUAAGAGCGCUGUAUAAUCUGAUACCGUGUUUAAUUCAUAUUGUAAGGGUUUCUUUUGCCAUGUUGUUUCCUUUACUUCCUCCCAUGUUUCUGCCUUUUUGUGUUCCUCAAAAUAAAACCUGUUUUUUUA